UGACUACAUUUUCAGAGUUUUCAGUUUUCUCCUCGCCACCUAUAGACUAAACUGUAAAGAGAGAAACGGUCCAACGGAUAUGGGAGAAAUCGAAGAGAGCCGUGCGACCAACACCGCCGGCGAGUCUGCUCCGCUUUUAUCGAACCCGGAUCCGAGAGUGGGCACCAAGGUUCCGGAGGUGGAAAUUCACCUGUACCGGCAAGGGAAGGGCCCGAUCGAGGUGGUCAAGUGUAGCCUCGGUGGUUGGGAACAGGAUCAGCUGGAGGUUCGCGAUAUCCUCGACAAGUAUGGCUUCAAAUCCAUCUACGCCUUCAACCCUGAUUCGGGUCGGGGCGUGCCCAUCCGCUUCAACCCUCGCAACGGCCGAUCCAUCCUCACCUACGCUGAUGGAUCGGUUAUUCAUGUCGAUGGAGAGCCUAAGGAUUCGUUAAUCCAACCGAUUACCAGAAUAUUGGUUGGGGUUGCUGCCAUUACCAUAUUGAUUGUAGUGGUGAUGAAAGAGACUCCUGAAUGGGCCAAAAAGUUGAACUUUUCUGGUGGACGCAUCCCUCCAUGGAUCCUUGCUUGCGUUGUCAUUGUGUUCACACGAAUGAGGAAGAGAACCAAGGAUUUCUUGGAAAAACGUCGCUAGGUACUUAACACCUUAAACUAGUCGAUGAAUCUUCUGAAACUACCUUAAACUAGUCAGAUGAAUCUUCUGAAACUUCUAAGUUUUGCCUUCUGUUGUGUUCUCUAUUACUGUGUUUCACAUAAAUUUAACAUAAUAACAUUCCUCAGAUACUCUCUGGGAACUUAUGUCCUUGUAAUCACAGCACCAAAGCCUAGCAUUUUUCAUAUAGUGAUUGCACUCUUCAUUUGUCUUUUUCA